AUGCUCACCGACAAGGAGCUCGCGAACAUCAACGCCGUACGUCUUCUCCUUCCCGGUACCCCCGCGGUACACGCUGUGAUAGCACCCCCGCUGACCACUUGUUCCCUUGCCUCUUGCCCCGAUUACACUGCUGGCCCCGAUACGCUCCCUCGCCCGCAAUACGCACGUCACCGCACACGUUCAACACCUGCUGCACCACUACAGGCCGCCGCCGUGCGCGAGUACGGCGUCAAGCCCCGUCUCGACUACCGCACCGUCUCGGCCGUCAACGGUCCUCUGGUCGUCCUUGACAAUGUCUCGUUCCCUUCCUACAACGAGAUUGUCCAGCUCACCCUCCCGGACGGCACCACCCGCGGUGGUCAGGUCCUCGAGGUGUCGGGCAAGAAGGCCAUCGUCCAGGUCUUUGAGGGUACUUCGGGUGUCGACACGUCGGCCACCCGUGUCUCGUUCUCGGGCUCGUCGAUGAAGCUCGCCGUGUCCGAGGACAUGCUUGGUCGUGUGUUCAACGGUUCCGGUAACCCCAUUGACAAGGGACCGCGUGUCUGGGCCGAGGACUACCUCGACAUUAACGGCUCGCCCAUCAACCCUUACUCGCGUAUCUACCCCGAGGAGAUGAUCCAGACUGGUAUCUCGACCAUUGACACCAUGAACUCGAUUGCCCGUGGCCAGAAGAUCCCCAUCUUCUCCGCUGCCGGUCUCCCCCACAACGAGAUUGCUGCCCAGAUUUGUCGUCAAGCGGGUCUCGUCAAGCACCCCAGCAAGGACAAGGGCGUCAGCGACGGCCACGAGGACAACUUCUCGAUCGUGUUCGCCGCCAUGGGUGUCAACAUGGAGACUGCGCGCUUCUUCAUGCAGGACUUUGCCGAGUCGGGCUCGAUCUCCAACUCGACCUUGUUCAUCAACCUUGCCUCGGACCCCACCAUCGAGCGUAUCAUUACCCCUCGUCUUGCCCUUACCACUGCCGAGUACUUUGCCUACCAGCUCGAGAAGCACGUGCUUGUCGUCAUGACCGACAUGUCGUCGUACGCCGACGCGCUCCGUGAGGUCUCGGCCGCCCGUGAGGAGGUCCCCGGUCGUCGUGGUUACCCCGGUUACCUCUACACCGACUUGUCGACUCUUUACGAGCGUGCCGGUCGUGUCGAGGGCCGUAACGGUUCCAUCACCCAGAUCCCCAUUCUCACCAUGCCCAACGACGACAUUACCCACCCCAUCCCCGAUUUGACUGGUUACAUUACCGAGGGCCAGAUCUUCGUCGACCGUCAGCUGCACAACCGCCAGAUCUACCCCCCUAUCAACGUCCUGCCCUCGCUCUCGCGUCUCAUGAAGUCGGCCAUUGGCGAGAAGCUCACCCGCAAGGACCACGGCGAUGUCUCCAACCAGCUCUACGCCAAGUACGCCGUCGGCAAGGACGCCGCGUCCAUGAAGGCCGUCGUCGGCGAGGAGGCGCUGUCGGCCGACGACAAGCUCGCCCUCGAGUUCCUCGACCGCUUCGAGAAGGAGUUUGUCGGCCAGGGCGCGUACGAGUCGCGCACCAUCUUCGAGUCGCUCGACAUUGCCUGGGACCUCCUCCGCAUCUUCCCCAAGGAGUCGCUCAACCGUAUCUCCCCCAAGAUCCUUGCCGAGUUCUACACCCGCAAGGCCAAGGAGGUCGCCAACAAGCGCGCCGAGGCCCCCGCCGCCGCCGAGCCCAACCUCAUCGACGCUUAG